UUUACCUCCUUUUGCCUCCAUGACAGCUCAAAUUAAAGUGAUCUCAAUAAUCACCUUCUUUUCCCUUCCCCUCAAAAAGCUUCAACAAAUUUUGUACAACCACCAUCACAUAAUGAGAGAGAAACACUGAGACAAUUGGGUUCCAAGAAAAACAUCAAGAGAGAGAGAGGUUUUAAUUGCUUCAUUACUUGUGUGUACAUGUGUAGCCAAGCCAUAUGGCUAAUGUUAAUACUAGAACAACAACAGGAGGAGCAGCAGCAGCAGCAGCAGCAGCAGCAGCAGCAUCAACUUCAAGGUUCAUCAAAUGUGUGACAGUUGGAGAUGGAGCUGUUGGGAAGACAUGCCUUCUCAUCUCUUACACCAGCAACACUUUCCCUACUGAUUAUGUUCCAACUGUUUUUGACAACUUCAGUGCCAAUGUCUUGGUUGAUGGGCAGACUGUAAAUCUGGGUCUCUGGGAUACUGCUGGUCAAGAAGAUUACAACAGGCUGAGGCCACUGAGUUACAGAGGAGCUGAUGUUUUCCUUCUUGCCUUUUCCCUCAUAAGUAGGCCUAGCUAUGAGAACAUACCAAAGAAAUGGGUCCCUGAGCUGAGACAUUAUGCUCCAUCAGUGCCUAUAAUUCUGGUGGGGACCAAACUAGAUCUGAGAGAGGACAGACAGUUCCUAAUGGAUUACCCUGGGGCAUGUACCAUCUCAACACAACAGGGUGAAGAUCUGAGAAAACGAAUAGGAGCUGUGGCAUAUAUAGAGUGCAGCUCAAAGAAACAGCAGAAUGUGAAGACUGUUUUUGACGCAGCUAUCAAGUUGGCUCUGCAUCCUCCAAAGUCCAAGAAGCAAAAGAGAAAUUUGAACAUCUGCAGAGUUCUUUAAUCUCUCACUCUCUGUCUCUCCUUGACAGCUUCUUUGACACUUUUGUUCAUUCUUUUCAACCCUCUUUUUAUUUCUGGGUGCUUCCUUCUCUUUUCUGGGAGAAAAGUGUGCAAUAUUCAUUGUGUUUUUUUUCUUCUUCACUUGAUUAUGAUGUUAUUGGGUUUGGGGUAAAUCAUGGUGGACCAUUUUUAAAAAUAGUAUGUGCUCAAAUAA